GCACGCGGGGGAAGGAAGGGAGAAUAGGUGCGCGUGGGAGCAGUUAUGUGUUUGGUGGGGUCCGCGUGAGCAGCAAUAUCUUUGGGGUUGUGUGGAUAUAGUUGCAGCUUUUUCUCCAGGUAGAAAUGGGACGUUUACAUUAUGUCUGUGUUCUGGCUUGCAUUUUUUUCGUUUCUCAAGCCAAUGGACUCAAAACUUACCGAGACAUGUUCCCUCAUAAGCAUUCAGUAUCGAUGAAGUUUCCACCGAUUCCCGGUUGGAACCCAGACAGUAACCCAUGGGAUGACUAUCUUUACCCACCCUUCAGUCCCAAGGAACUAACGCGGAGGAAAGGUCAGCCAAUCAAAGUUCGCCUGACCAGUGACAGUCCUGCAAUCAUUGGCUCUAUGGUGUCAUUUACGGCCAAGCUAGACUACCCACCUUGUCAGCAGGAGGAUGCCAAUGGGGAGCUGGUGUGGGAUGAGCAUUGUCUGGAUGGUGUGGAGCUGGAGGCCUCAGCUAACGGUCAGCUGAAGCAUGGCUAUGUGUUUAACUGGACGUCCUGGCUGGAUGACUACGGCUUUGGAAAGUGUACUGACCUGAAGAGAUGUAACGUCUUCCCAGACGGGAAACCCUUCCCUCAGAGCAACGACUGGAGACACAAGAGCUACGUCUACGUAUGGCACUCCAUGGGUCAGUACUCUGAGACGUGCGAUGGCUCCUCUUCCACCCUGACAGUGAACACCAGUGACAUCACUCUGGGGCCGGAGCUGAUAGAAGUCAUGGUGUACAGGAAACGUGAGCGCAGGAAGUACAGCCCCCUGGCCACAGACAAGACCGUCUUCUUCGUCACAGACAAGAUCCCAGUGGCGGUGAAUAUUUCCCAGAAGGCAGCAUCCAACCUGUCAGCGAGCGUGUUUGUGCGUGGCGAGGACGUGGUGUUCAGUGUGUCUGUUCAUGACCCCAGUAACUACCUGAAGACUACCGAUGCCGUCGACUACAUCUGGGACUUCAAGAACGGCAACCAGCUGGUCACCCAUAGCAACGUGGCCACGCAUGCCUACAGCGCGGUCGGCGAAGUUAACGUGAAGCUGAUGGUGGAGGUGGCGAUCAAGAUCCCGUGCCCCCCGCCAACACCGAUGAGUGUUACUUCGCCACAAACUACAGCGGCUCCUACACCUCCCACUGGCACUCACUCCAUCACUAGCAAAAUGGAAACAACUCAUGGUUAUGUGCCAAUCACCACUGCCAGACCCACCUCCAAGGGCCCCAACACACCUGUUCCCGGGACAACAGGCUUCCAGACGACAGAGCCCCUCCCCUCGACGGUGGCUGAUUUGACCCAGGGGUUCAACCCGACCUCGCUGCUGCCAGCUGUCCCCACCCCUAUGGCCCAGCUCCAUCACAGACACCUGGCGGCCACCGACUGCUUCCGCUACCUCUACGGAACUUUCCAGACCAACAUCACCAUCAUCGAGCACCUAAUCAACAGUCAGCCAGCCAAUCGAAUCGUGGACGUGUCUGCUGCCAAGGUGACCAACACUGACAUCAGCUUCCUGGUCAAGUGCCUGGGCAGCACUCCCACCUCAGCCUGCACCAUCGUGUCGGACCCCUCCUGCCGCCAGGUCAGGAAUAUCGUGUGUGACGACGUGCCUCCGUCUUUGGGGUGCGAGGUGCGCCUGCGGAGGACCUUCCUGGAGCCGGGGAUCUACUGUGUCAACAUCACCCUGGAGGAUGCCAGCAGUAUGGCCCUCGCCACCAUCACCAUCAGCAACACUGACCCUGACACACCCGUGUCUAAAGCUCCUCAUGCUGCAGAGGUUGUCCUCUCCUCCAGUGCUAUCCUGGUAGCCAUCUUUGCCUUCAUCGCCUUCAUACUCUACAAGCGCUAUAAGGUCUACAGACCUGUGACGAGGUCCCUGGUGGAGGAUGCCAGUGUCCAUGUUGAGAUCGGGGGUCGUAUGGGCCGGCUGAGGGAGAUCAUAUUCCCCACCAACGAGGAGAGUCGCCGCCUGCUGACGGACAGACGCCCCGUGUAGACCCACCGUCGGAACUACAGAAGGGGAGCAGAACGAAAUAAAACAAGUAGAACUUACACUCGUCUGUCAGUUAGGAUAUUGAGUAUCUGUUCUACACCAUACAUUUCUAUCUGAAUGUUCUGUAACGUUAUAUAAUCCUGAACAGGCGCAAGUGUUUUUACUUAGAGGUUCUUUAGUAACAAAUUAUACAUUUAGCACAUUUAUAAAUGCAUCACAAAGAUUAUAUAUAUACCAAUAACCAAGAGAACUUCUUUACAUUUUAGUUUGUCAAAGUAACACUGUUAAAAGGUAAGAUGUGCUGAAAAAUAUGAAAAUAUGAAUUUGUUUAGUUCACUUUCUAGUAGAAAAGUACAAGUACCGUAAUUUCCGGACUAUAAGCCGCUACUUUAUUCCCACACUUUGAACCUCGCGGUUUAUACAAUGGCGCGGCUAAUUUAUGGAUUUUUCCCGCUUUCACAAGAUUCAUGCCGCCAAAAAACUGAGCACCGUCACAUAAUGUGACUCAGUGCAAAAAAUGUGACUCUGACUCAGUGCAAAAAGACAACAACAGCUUUCAGAGGGAAGAAAAGCAGAUGGCCCAAAGUAUUUGCAGCCACUCGACAUCAGUGUAAAUCGUGCAUUUAAGGUGGCGCUCCUUGUUCAGUGGGAGUCUUGGAUGACAAGUGGGGAGAAAUCCUUCACUAAAACGGGCUGCAUGUGAAGAGCAACUUAUGGUCAAGUCUGCCAGUGGGUUCUGACAGCGUGGAGCAUUGUCAAAAAAUCCACUAUCAUCAACGGGUUUGGAAAGGCUGGACUGCUGCGUGUUGAAGGGGCAGCAUGAGCUCAGCGGGGUAUUUGCCUCCGGAUGAAAGUGACGAGAGCGACAAUGAAAACGAUCCAACAUCGGAUGAAGCCAUUCUGAGGCUAUUCAACUCCGACACCGAUGGAGAUGACUUCAGUGGUUUCAGUGCACAGGAGGAGGAAGAUAGUGACCAAUGACUUUCUUGGUAGGCCACUGUUUAAUUUGUUACAAGCCGUGUUUCGUUUAAAGGCUGUGUAAAGUUCAUUUGUUUCAAUGUACCGGUAGGCACCUGCGGCUUAUAGACAUGUGCGGCUUAUUUAUGUACAAAAUACAUAUUUUUUAAAUAAUUCAGUGGGUGAGGUUUAUAUUCAGGUGUGCUUAAUAGUCCAGUAAUUACGGUAUGUGGCAAAUAGCAAGAAUUAAGAAAAGUUUGCAAUAAAGCUCAGUUUUUUUAAGUUGGGGCGGGGCAGUGUUUAAGGCAGUGCUGGGGUGUAUUCAUUCCACCGAUUCUGUUGCAAAACGUUUCUUAAACAGAACGAAACGGGGCUGGACCUACCUGAAUUUGUCCAAUAGACACUCGUUUUGCUCUGUUUGCUUCCAUUUGGUUCUUAAACUGUAAACAGUUUCUGUAAUGAAUACACCCCUGGUGUGAGCGGGAUAGUAAGGUCCUUUCCCAUUUCAAUCCCUAGCUUCUUCCCCUAGUCUUUUCAGAUCUGUGAACUCCAAAGACAAAUGGGGCUAAGAACUCAAAUGGAACUGGGCCAAAUGGUACUGCUUUGAAGUUAAACGGGUCUAAUGGUUUUGGAAAUCAAAUUUAGUAAAUAUCUUUGCAGACUUUCACAAGUCUAACAAUGUGUUACUUUUAGAAAAUGUUCAAAUAUGAGAUGUAUCAGUGUUUAACUGUACAUCCCACUGCCCAUUCUCUAAUGUGCACAUUUGUUGCACGAAUGUACUGAAUUGUAGUCAUUUAGUUAUUAUAAAAGCCAUCAUUUCAAACCAAUCUAAAAAUGUAAUUUUGUUCUGGAAAGAUUCAAAUUAAGAUUGUGAACUAACCACUGUUUGUGAAUAUACUGGUAAUGUCUGUAGCCUACCGAUCUGCAUGUGUCUUGGGAGUAGGGGGGGUUACAAGUGAUGAAACAAGUAACCGGAUUUAAA